UGCCUCUCUUCAGGAAUGGACACUUAGUCAGAGCUGUGUGACUCUGUGUGAAGCUUCCUCCAGGCCGAGCCUCCACACACUCUCUCUCUCUCUCUCUCUCUCUCUCUCCCUCACUUUCUCUCUCAGCAUCCUCGCAUCCCGCGCCUCCGCUCCGCCGGAGAUGGGACGAUGAUAUGGGAUUUUUCAUGUCGACGAAGAUCUCGGGGAUUGUUCUUCUGGCGGCUGCUCUGGUGUUCCUGGGCCUCGUCGUGCCAGGAGACUCGGCAGAUGUGAGGUGCGAGAACGUUUACAGGGACUUUUCCGAAUGUGUGCUGGUGCUGGGAGACAGCAUGGACAACUACCAGGAGAACGUGACCAGUGAGAGGGGAGUGGCAGCCGUGUGCAGCCACUGGGAAGCGUUCCACACAUGUGCCCUCACAGCGCUGUCAGACUGUCAGGAGGAAGUCAGCUCCAUCUGGGAGACGCUGAGGCAGGACUCCAGGAAGAUGCGCUUCCAGGGAAGUCUGUUCGACCUGUGUAGCCCCAGCUCUGCUCCCAGCACAUGUUCACAUGUCGCUGCCCUUACACUGCCACUGAUGCUGAUCAUGAGUGGGUCCAGCUGGUCCUCUGUAUAAGAUGGGGUGGGUUGGAGGUGAGAGUUGGGAGAUGGGAGAGGAAAGGAGGGUCUCACAAAUCACAAUCCCCAGAGUUCCGUCGUUCCUGAGUUCCCACUUAAAGCCAUGGAUUAAGGAGACAAAUGUUUUAUUGAGAAUUACUUUGACACAGAGCCAAGGAUGCCUUGUGGCAAACCAAUCAAUAUUUGCUCAGAUGAAUAAUGUCUGAAAUCCUCUCAAAUACUUCACAGCUUGAUCGUCCUUUAUGUCAAAGAAAACAAUUUCUCUUCCAAUUGUCAGUCCAGAGAGACCAGAGCCUGCACUCAGUCUGUGGAUGUAAAACACGAUGCAUCGCCUCAGUGAGAUCAGUGGCACUUUGGGUUAAGAUGGACUCAACAAUAAAUGAGAUGAGUCAAAUUAGAGAAUGGCAGGCCAUCGCGGUCGAGAUAACUGACGCACAUGAGAGAUUAGUAUCGACUGACACGUCCAAUACUUUAUAAGAAGGUAAAUAAGAUAUUUCUCACCAUUCCGUUGAUGUAGAGCUCCAUAUGUUAGCACCACUUCAACCUCCAGUGACUUUGUAAAUACAACAAAACCAUAUAAACGUAUUUAGCUUCCACACUGUGGGAAAAGUUUGAAGGGAUCAGACCAGAAAGCUAUAAACUCUUAGAAUGAUGAAGAUACUGAAACGUGAAUAAUCUACAUCAGCCUGAGAGAUUAAAGCUGCAGUGUGUAACUUUAAACAAACGUCUGCUCCAUUCAAACCAAAUCAAAUGACUUCACACCAGUGCUGGGCGUUUAAUAACCAGCGUUUAUGUUUUUAUGAUAAUCCUUCAUAUACUGCAAGACUGGUAUAUG